CAUAGAGCAUGGCGUCGCCUCCGUCUGAAGCUGGGCUGGUGCCCCCAACACCAGCGGUGGUCAUUGCCCCGCCCGAGAGCUCGGCUGCGCCGCCCGAGAGCUACGCCGCUCGCGCCGCCAAGGACAUUGUCGCCGGGAGCAUAGGCGGCUGCUGUCUGACGGUCACGGGCUACCCGUUUGAUCUGGUCAAGGUGCGGACGCAGGCGGCCGGGCCGGGCGCAGGCGGGACCUGGAGUAUGCUGCGGCAGACGGUGGCGACCGAGGGCUUCCGCGGACUGUACAAGGGCAUGGCAUCGCCGCUGACGGGCAUGCUCUCCAUGAACGCACUCUGCUUCCUCACCUACGGCCAGGCCAAGUACGCGCUCAGGCCUGAGGGCUUUGACGAGGACAAGGACGAGCUGCCGCUGGCGUCGAUCGCCAUCGCCGGCGCCACCGUCGGUGCCAUCCUCUCCUUUGUUGAGGGUCCCAUCGACCUGGUCAAGACCAAGGUCAUGCUCGAGGGCAUGGGCAAGAAGACCUCGAUCGGCUCGGGCGCCAUGGCGCAGCGGAUCUGGAAGGCCCACGGAGUCCGCGGCCUCUUCCAGGGUCUCACCGCCACGCUUCUUCGCAAUACUCCGGCCAACUCGAUGUAUUUUGUCGCCUACGAGAUCGUCCGCCGUGCCAUGAUCGAGCCCGGCGCCCCUGUCCCGGUCCAUGUCUCCAUCCUAGCCGGCGGUACCGCAGGCAUCGCCUACACUGGCGCCCUCGGCUUUGACGUCAUCAAGUCGAACAUCAUGUCUGACACCCUGCGCGGCGACAAGUACUCGGGCAUCAUCGACUGCGCCCGCAAGCUGUACGCCGCAGAAGGCGCCGGCGUCUUUGUCAAGGGCUGGGCCCCGUGCCUGCUGCGCGCCUUUCCGGGCAAUGCCGCCCUCUUUGUCGGUCUCAACCUCACCUACAACUUGUUCGACAUAGUCGGCUGGUGAUGAGCAUCACUGCUGCCAUCUUUACCCGUCUCUUCUCCCCCCUCUCACUCUGACUGCCGAUGCA